CAGAAAUUGAAAUUUCUCGCCUUAUAAAGAGAGACUCUUGUUAAUUGUUUACAUUUGAAAAUCAAAUGUGUGUUAUGAAAUCGUCAAAACGAUUUAUCUUCAUGGCAAUUUGCGUUAAAGAGUAUUUUCACCAAGCAUCGCUUUGAUCUUCGCUCGGAACAAAAUUGUGGACCUUCGAUGAUCAUUCAUAUAUUCUAAGAACUCACGCUGAUUCGUGUCACCGAAAAGUACUCGUUGAAACGAGCACAAUGGCGACCAUGGGGGUAACGGUGUUUUGCAAUAGAGUACAGAUAAGCGGCAAUGAUCAAGAACAAUUGAUGUUGCUGCGAACGUUACAAGAUAACGAGAACAAUAUCAUUGGUAAUCAAUCAACGUUGGCGGUCCCAAAAAACAAUGCCAGCAGUAACGCGACGAACUCUACGACGGUGUUACCCCCGUACGAUCCUACCAGACUGAAAAAACACGGCAAAAAUGGACAACCACCUCCUGUGGCUGUUGCUCGAAGAAACGCGAGGGAAAGGAAUCGCGUGAAACAAGUAAACAAUGGAUUUGCUACCUUGCGACAACACAUUCCGAGCCACAUUGCUGCGGGUUAUGGCGACAGGGGUAAAAAGUUGUCGAAGGUAGAGACUCUUAGGAUGGCCGUCGAGUACAUCAGAGGCCUUCAGAGGCUCUUGGCAGAAGCUGACGGCGUUGAAUAUGACUCCAAGACCGUCGGUAUACAGUGCGCUCCUUCUCCAACUAGCAGCGUCAUCUCUUCGACUCAUAACGGCUCUGGCGAGAGACUUGUUCUCGAGGACGAUGUAUUAGCCGCAGAAGAUGACGAGAGGGAACAACUGGACGAAGAAGAGGAUGAGAAUGCUGCCAAAUCAAAAAUUACAUUAUCCAGACUAUCUCCCCACCGGACUGCUAUUCCAUCCCCACGUGACUACUACGCAUCUUCAGCUGGAGACGAAGAAAACUUAGAACCACGAACUAUAACCGGUGGACAAAAUUUCUCUAGACUAUCGCCAAAUUCGGUGGCCUCGCCACCCUCGGAGUAUUAUGCUCAGAACGAGGAGAACUUAGAACCGCAGAUUCUAUCGCCCUACAGCGGUGCCGGAGACAGCGAAGAGGGCACGACGACUGUCUACGCGACUAGCCCAGAGACCUUCUCCGGAGCCCUCUACUACAAACAAGAGAUCACUGAGACGGGGGAAUUCAUGGAUGUAGUCAGCUGGUGGGAACAGGAACAGGGAAGACUCGUCCAUCAACAGCACACGCAACGGCUAACGCACGUGUAACCAUAGUUACAGGUUCCAAUUAGGGAAGAUUAAUAUUUGCAACAAAAUUCAAGGUCCACUAUAUAAUACGCUUCAAUCAAAUUUCGCAUGAUCUCAUUAGACUCGGAUGAAGAUUAUCUCGACAAUAAUAUAUGACAAGAUAUCGUAGACAUGAGCACGUGUAUUGUGAUCAAUAGCAAAAAUUAGAAAAUUGUACUUACGAGUACUUAUCCAUUAAGCAGAUCUGCUUAUUAUUAUAAUAAUUUUCUUUUGAAUUACCGAUAGCAUGUGAAGCUA